UUAUUUAGUGCUGAACGGCUCUGGAAGCUCGGGAGUUGAUAGGCUGAAUUGAAAGUUGUGCAAGCCAGACCUGCAUAAACACUUGGAGAAGAGUUUGUUAAAUUUCAUAUUAUACUUCAAAUCUUUAAAACUACAAUUUUCUGAGGAUUGGUGAAAAGGACAUGUCUUACACAAAUAAUCAUUACAUUGAGGCCAACGCCGUGCAACGGCUGGCUAGUCUGCCGCUCUUCGACUCCGCCCUGAAAUCUGUUGUUUCAGUUUACACGGACGUAAAGGGCCGUUACCCGCUCCUGGGUGUGGUGGGGGGCGUGGCUGAGAUUGGGGUGCGUAAUGUGUCCCAGGCUGUCAUUCUCCGUGCCACCCCCCUCCUACUUAGUCUGGAGCCCCAGAUUGAGGUCGUCAAUAACUAUGCUUGUAUGGGCUUGGACCAGCUGGAAGAUAACUUUCCCGUCCUGCACCAGUCUACAGAGGAGGUAUUGGGUCACCUGAAGGAUGCCUUCUUUCUGACCCUGGAUGACGUGCAACUGCGUGUGAAUGAUGAGCUGGACGGGAUGCAGGGGCGCUGGGACAAGCUGACCGAUGCCACCUGGUACUACCUCCUGGCUCUGCAGGAGUCACAGCUGGGUCAGAUGGCCACCUCGGGCCUGGACGACAUCCUCACACGCUCAGAGGAGGCCAUGGCCAAGUACAUGCCCCUGACAGCUACACUGCGCCUAGAGUGGGAGAGGAGGACACAGCAGUAUGAGGACGAAGAUGGGGAGGAUGAGCCUGGGUUGUGGACGCGGUUCCGAGGCCUCCUGCUCUCUCUGAGCCUGCAGCUGUACCACCGCCUGCUGAAGCUCAGAAACAGGCUGGAGCGGGCCAUGGGGAUGCUGCAGGAUGCUACCGACAGGAUGGGCCUGAGCAGGCUGCUGGAGGUGGUGGGCUCUGUGCUCCAGAGGCUGCAGCUGCUCUACGUGUCCCAGAUGUUGCGCCUAGAGGCCGUGAGGAGGCUGGCCCUGGACCAGCUGAAGGCCCAGGUACGGGUCCUGGCUGAACUGGGGCCCAUCAAGCAACUGCUGGGACUGCCUGCUCAGGUGCAGCUUGUGGUGGCCGACCUGCAGGAGCUGGGCAAGAUUCUACUACAGCUGCUGGUCAACAGCACCCCUCUGUACAACAUGCUCCAGCAGCCAAGUGAUCAGGAUGUGGAGGACUUCCUCAACCAGCAGGAAUCCAUGUCCUCCGACACCACUCGCCGCAGUUCUGCCAAUAGCCUCUUUCUCAAGGCCAUGGACGGCCGCCCACACAAACGCACAAGCUCGUAUGCCCGCUCCCAAAGGGGCUCAACCAGUGCCCCCAGUCCAGCCUCAGCCAAAUUGCCCAACGGCAGCCAGAAGCAGGAUGACCAGACUCUAUCUCUGGAGCUCAAGAACCUGGAUCUCCCUUCCACCAUCGCUGUGUGUCAUCGCUCUUCAAUACGCAGGGGCUCAUCCAGCGGCAUCAAUCCCCCAGACCCCAGCCCAGUCCCCGACCCAGCCCCGGCUAACCCAGCCAACGACGAUGACCAGCCUCUCUCUCGCCAGGGCAGCCAAAAGCCAGACGAUCAGCCUCUCUUUCUGGAGCUAGACACCCAGGAGCUCCCUUCUACAAGCACCGUGCUUCGCCCCUCCUCGGCUGCCGAAGUCCUCCUUGGCUCCAUCCUCCAGUACCUGAGCUCUGAGCCACUCUCAGACGAGACCAUUAUACCCGAGGUGGAGACCACCGAGAAACACACCGAAGCCAGAGACGAUAGCUCACCAAGACGCGAGAGCCUGUCUGCUCACUCCCGCUGGAGCUCGUCCAGUGCCGUUGCACCCGAGGUGGAGACCACUGAGGACCUGAGCCCUGAGAAAGUCUCAGAUGAGGCCAUGGCACUCGAGGUGGAGAGCACUGAGUACUACUCAGAUGCAAGAGACGUGAGCCCAUCCAGACGCCACAGCCUGUCUGCCUGCUCCCACAGAAGCUCAUCAAGUGCUGGUAACCCAGACGACCAGCCUCUCUCUCGCAGGGGCAGCCAGAAGCCAGACGACCAACCUCUCUCUCGCCGGGGCAGCCAGAAGCCAGACGACCAGCCUCUUUCUCUGGAGCUGGACCCUCUAGAGCUUCAUUCUACCAGCACUGUGCGUCACCCCUCCUCGGCUGCCGAGGUCCUUCCAGGUUCCAUCCUCCAGUACAUUAGCUCUGAGCCACCCACAGACGAGCCUGUUGUACCCGAGGUGGAGACCACCAAGAACCACGAGAGCCCACCCAGAUGCAAGAGCAUGUCUGUUCGCUCCCGCAGAAGCUCACCAAGUGCUGGCAACCCAUCAAACAUCCACCAGGGCAGCCAGAUGCGGAAUGACAAGCCUCUCUCUGUGGAGUUUGACAUCCUGGAGGUCUCUUCUACCAGUGCUUUGCGCCGCCGAUCCUUGGCUGCCGAGGUCCUCCUUGGCCCCAUCCUCCAGUACCUGAGCUCUGAACCAUCCUCAAACGAGACCGUUAUACCUGAGGUGGAGACCACAGAGAAGAACGCACACGCAAAAGACGAGAGACCACCCAGACACCAGAGCCUGUCUCCCCGCUCCUGCAGGAGCUCGUCCAGUGCGGUUGUGCCCGAGGUGGAGACCACUGAGUACUACUUUGACGAAGGAAACGGCAGCCCACUCAGACGCAAGAGCCUGUCAAUCCACUCCCGCAGGAGCUCAUCCAGUGGAGCCAAUGCCCCAGUCCCUGGGCUAACCUCGGACAACCCACACAAUGACCGCCAGGGCACCCAGAUGCAAGACAGCCUGGAGGAGUUGGACACCCAGGCCCUCCCUUCUACCAGUGCCAUGCGUCGCCGCUCCUGGGCUGUCGAGGUCCUCCUAGACCCCAUCCUGCAGUACCUGAACCCUGGGCACUCAGAAAAGGACGAUAUAGAAGAGGCCGAAAUACCUGUGGUGGAGGCCACAGAGCACUAAGAAGUCACCAGUGUCCUAGAAAUGGCCACCCUUUGCAGGUCCCAGGUGUAAGACUUAUUAGUUGAUUUUAGUUUGUGGGUACACAUAGGGGGGCCAUAGUUCAGCAGACAUAAUCUGUGAUAGGUCCAUUGGAAUACAAAAUGUGUCAAUGUAUGUCUCUGAAAGAUUCAGCCGCUCUACUUCAUGUACAGACGCCAACCAACAUUUGUUUUGGUUUCCUAACUGAGCAUCAUGUGACAUUAUACACCUUGUACCUCAUUAUAUCUAACCUAACUGACCUAACUAUUCUUAAAUGAUGUGCUAACUUGAUGUCGCAUUCUGUUUCCUGUUACCCUAAGUAGCCGUGCGAAACAAAGCUUGUCAUGAUUAAAGGUAAAGUCUGGAUUGAUUGGCCUAAAUAUGGAUGAUGGAUGGAUGUUGAAUGUGUUGAUUGAGGAAUGAGCAUUGAAUAGACAGUAGAAAAUGUGUAAGUCUUUAUUACAAUGUCAUAACAUUUAAUAUUUCAUAACAUAUAAUACAAGACACGUUUAGAUUGUCCUAUAGUAUGCAUCAACAUAAUAUUGGUUGUAUUCAAGAAAUAAAUAACAUUUGUAUUGCUGCGGUGAAAUGUAUUGAGGUUAUGAAGAGUGAAAUAAAGUGUAAUUUCCCCAUCUACA